AUGCGCAGCCCGCAGCACCCAGUCUGUGGCUUUCACAAUGGAGGUGGUCAAUACCUCGAGAUCACCAGGAAGAUCCUUGAUUGUGUCUCAGAACUUCAAGUGCCCUCAACCUCCAUCUCCUGGGGGUGGGCCGUCCCUGAGUCAGACUCAUCUGCAGAUGAAUGGGUGGAACCUGUGGUGGAACGGGACCUGCGUCAAGGUGACGUGUGGCAGGAUCAAGUCGGGACGAUCAUCGAGUAUGUGGCCCUAGUUGAGGUAGGGUCUGGUGAGAUUGGUGAGGCACCACCGCCCAAGGACGAUGAGCCAGCCGCCAAUGUUGGUGGUGGUGCUGGUGGGGCAGAGCCUGAGCCCCUACAACGAAUCCCAGGGCGUCUCAUGCCCCAACCUCUCAGUGGGAGGUCAGACAUUGGUUGCUAA